GCAUGAAUAAAUAAGGAGAAUAAUAUAAAGUGAAUAUUGAUUAUUGCCAUUGUGAGUCAGGUUCAUUUGAUUCACAAAACUCCUUUUUCCACUUGACUCUGGUAAAUGAAUAGAUGAACACAAAGGUUGUGGAUUUGAUCCUGAGACAAAUGAGUUCUGAACCUUCUGUUCCAUUUCAAGUGCAACUUUAAACAAAGUUUGCAAGUCUUAAGCACUCUACUAGUCUGUUCAGAUGAAGGUUUCCUUAACCAAGUUAGGAUUAUAUUCCAUCAUGCAAAGAUGUCAAUGUUUAAUAUUGCACAUCUUUGGUAAGCGUCCAAAUACUUUUUAGGGUCCAUGUAGGCAAGUCAUACAACAAAACACAGUACAAGAAUCAGAAAAUACGAUCUCUGGCUGUGAUCUGGCUCUGAUCCUGAUCUGCGCUGACAUCCUUUGAAUGUGAUUUUCCAUUUGCAUCAACAGUGAUGUCACAUAAGCAUAAUUAAACAGUGCAAGACUUCUAACACAAACUUUACAAAGUGGAAGGAUCCCACAAGCUUUCUUGUCCCAGCUGAGCAGUCUGUGCAUCUGUCGUCAUGAGGACUAAUUUGAUCUUUGUGCUGUUAUCAGCUCUGAUGCGCGUGAUGUUCGCACAGCUUCAUGACUAUUUCUUUGUGCCUGAGAAAGUGAACUGGACCGAUGCGCAGAUGUACUGCAGACAGCAUUACACUGAUCUCGCCACCGUCAACAACCAGCAAGAUAACGAUAAUAUUCUAAACAUUACAGGACAAUCCACCGUUUGGAUUGGAUUCUAUCGGACUUCAGGUGAUGCUCCUUUAAUCUGGUCGGAUCAGAGCAGCUCCACAUACACAGACUGGGAACCUGGACAGCCCAACAAUUAUGCCGGAAAACAGUGGUGUGUUCAGAUUCACAAUAAACUCUGGAAUGACGGACACUGUGAACAACAAUUUGCAUUUGUCUGCCAUCUUGAGAGGAAGAGACGAUCGAUCGUGAGAGUCGAAGUCAAAUCAAGCCAAAAUCUGAAUGAUCCUAGAGUGAAGAAAGAGAUGUUAGAGAAGAUGGAGAAAAUACUGAAGGAGAAGGGCUUGGAAGAACAUGCUACACUGUCAUGGAUAAACCAAUCCGAUGGCAAUGUCUUCCAAAAGAAGGACUGCAAGAGUAAGAGUAAUGCCACGGAAUAGACUUGCUUUUGAAAAGACACUAAAUACAAAUGUACUUUGCUGUUCACACCAUUAUUCACUAAAUUUAGUCA